UCAAACUUUUUGACAUUAGGCACACUGGGAUCUCUCUUUCGGGUGUGGGUGUCUGCUGAGACAAUCUGGCUAUGACGUCUUCUGUGGUAUGUAUUAUGCAUCAAAGCUCUAGUUUAGGAUUCUAGUUUUGAAAACAUUUCCCACUGUUUUAAAUCAAAUAGCACUGUUUUUUGCAUGCUUAUCGAUACUGGGUAAACUUGUGGUUCCUUCAGGCACAGAAGAGUAUUCCCCCCUGAGUAUGACAUGGAGGGCAGGUACCACGGGAAACCUGCUACCGUACGGUCACUAGGAGUGCUCUUAUUUGCAAUGGUGUGUGGAUGCUUUCCAGAGCCCAACGACCUGCUGUCGAUAGCUUUGGGUGUAUGGUUUGAGCCUGGCUUGUCAACCGAAUGCUGCCUUCUGAUCCAGCGUCUCCUGCAGCAGGACCCAAAUCAGAGGAUUGGAUUGGAGGAAAUCCAAAGUCCUCCCUGCCACAGCCACCCCAGAAGUUUCUGCAUUGGCUGGCACGAGAAGUUCCUGUCUCAGCCUCUCAAUCUCUCAGCUUUUUAGCGUCUGGCGGGCUGACAUGUGUGGCCUUUCCAUGUCUUAGUAUCUUGCAAGGCUCCCAAGCCUUAGUAGCAUCUGGUACCUUGGCUUGAGGCAGUAAUAUCUGCAUUAGGCGGUAUUACUUGCUUAUGUGGUGACCACAUACAAUAUAGAGAAUACAGGACAAUGUAAUUAUUGUACAAU